AUGCCUGAGGUUUCGAGCACAAAUGAAUCGAAAUCUAGUCACGUCGACCGAACAGCGCCUGGAAAGGCCCAUCCUUUGACGGUAAAGGCGAAUGAGAAAGUCGCGCGAAGCCUACCUUUCUCAGAUACACAAGACUUCAAGGAUGCUAUGGAAGGAUUCAUUGGUACAAUUCCAGAUGCUUUGAUUUUAAACGACAAGGGAGAACAGGUCUGGAGCAUGAAAGAAUAUGACUUCUUAAAAACGAGUCGUUCACCAGAUACUGUUAACCCUAGUUUGUGGAGAAUUGCUAGGCUUAAUGCUAUUCAUGGACUCUUUAAAGUCACUGAACGAGUUUAUCAAGUAAGAGGUUUUGACAUAGCGAAUAUGACAAUUAUUGAAGGCGAGACGUCUCUAAUUAUCAUAGAUCCGCUAUUAACAAUAGAAACAGCUCGAGCGGCGCUUUCCCUUUACUUCAAACAUCGUCCGACGAAACCUGUCUCUACAGUCAUAUACACCCACAGUCAUUCUGAUCAUUACGGUGGCGUAAAAGGCGUUGUGAAUGAAACUGACGUUUUAGCAAGAAAAGUUCAGGUUGUCGCACCUUCCGGAUUCAUGGAAAGUGUAGUGAGCGAAACUUUCCUUGCUGGGAAUGCAAUGAAGCGCCGCGCGCAAUUUCAAUUUGGCAUGCAGCUUCCCCCUGGAGCUCAAGGGUUUGUUGAUUCAGGAAUAGGAAAAGCUGCUGCAUUUGGUACUGUGACGUUAAUUUCACCUACAAUUACCAUUAAGCAAAGUCUAGAAACACUUGUUUUUGAUGGUGUUAAGUUCACCUUUCAGCUUGCACCUGGUUCAGAAGCACCGUCUGAAAUGCUUAUUUACCUCCCACAGUUUCGUAUUCUUAAUAUGGCAGAAGAUGUCACACACCAUAUGCAUAAUAUCUAUGCCAUUCGCGGAGUCGAAGUGCGGGAUGCUAGCAAAUGGUCAAAAUAUAUUGAUUUAGCGCGGAUCGUCUUUGGUGAAAAGAGUGACGUACUGAUUGCCCAACAUCAUUGGCCUACGUUCGGGCAAACAAACGUAAGGAACAUAUUAAAGAAGCACCGCGAUAUGUACAAAUUUAUCCACGAUCAAACCUUGCGUCUAGUAAAUCAUGGAUAUACUGGUAAAGAAAUCGCAGAGAUGCUAAGGAUGCCUGGUAGUAUUUCCAAAGAAUGGUCUACUCGCGGCUACUAUGGCACACUAAGCCAUAACUCUAAGGCCGUGUAUCAGAAAUACAUGGGCUGGUAUGAUGGCAACCCUGCAAACCUCAAUCCGCUUCCUCCAGUGGCCGAGUCGAAGAAGUUAGUUGAAUAUAUGGGGGGUGCAGAAGAAGUAUUAAAGCAUGCUAAAAGUGACUAUCAAAAGGGUGAAUUUCGCUGGGUGGCAAGUGUGACUAGUAAGCUUGUGUACGCUGAUCCAAGUAACGUUGCGGCACGUGAACUUUGCGCAGAUGCAUUAGAACAGCUUGGUUAUCAAGCAGAAGCUAGCACUUGGCGUAACGCUUAUCUUGUAGGAUCAUUCGAGUUACGUCAUGGUCCACGUAAGAUGCCGGCUUCUAGUAAACGCAAUACUUUCAGUGCUGUUAGUAGUGAACUGAUAUUUGAUUACCUCGCAGUAAAAAUCAAUGCUACGAGCGCUGAAGGCACACACAUAGUUUUAAACUGGUGCUUUACAGACUCGAAUCAGGAAUUUAUUGUAACUCUUGAGAAUUGUGCUCUUACCCACAUUCAUGGCAUGUUACCAGAAGCCGACGCAACAAUUAGCCUGGACCGUUCAGUAUUAGAUUCGAUAUUGAUAGGUGAAGUCACAAUUUCUGAAGUUCAGAGUAAUGGUAAGUUGUCAAUAAAGGGCAACAUAGCCAAAUUCGAACUUUUAAUUUCAUUAUUGGACAGAUUUGAUGGAUCAUUCCCAAUAAUUGAGCCUUUGGGCUGA